AUGUCCGAGACUCCUAUCUCCUACACAUCGCACAAUGUGUCUUCUCCCAAGGCCACAAUUCUUCUGAUUCACGGUGGAUUCUCCGACGGCCAAGAAUGGGACCCAAUCUGGCCCCUCCUUGUUGCUGCCGACUAUCAUGUAAUGAUUCCUGAUCUUCCCGGUCAUGGAAAUUCGUGCGACGCCGGGCGUGGUUUCGCCGUCGAAGACGCCGCUCGCCGGCUUGCAGACUUGGUACAAGCGCAUGCUUUGGACCAGAAAGCUCAUGUAGUCGCCAUGAGUAUCGGGGCGCAUGUGGCAGCUGCCAUGGCCGCACGGUAUCCCGAACAGAUCCAAAGUCUCGUCGUCUCGGGCUUCAACAUGUUCCCGCCAAGCCUGGUGUCACCUGUGCUACCUUACUUUGUCUACGCUGUGCAACGAACCAGCGGGUUCAUCAAGAACCCGACCGUGGAAUGGAGGCGGUUCUGCAAGGGACAGGGGACGUUGUCUACCACGUGCGACAUCUUCAAUAUGCUGUUUUCCGCUCGCGCUUUGAAGCCCAUCGCCGCCAGAUCUCUGGUGGUUGCCGCCACGCGUGCCGGGAUUAGUGCUGACAACAUUGAUCACGCUCGUCGGCUAUUCGAGACAAUUCAGCCGGACAACGGGAGUCGGCUGGUUCAGCACCGAGGCAUGCGCCAUCCCUGGAACGCAGAUGAGCCCCGGAUUUUCACGAACCUGGUGACCUGCUGGGCCGAACGCAAGGAUCUGCCAGAAGGAUUCGAGUCAGUAGUAUAG